UGAAGUCACAAUUUUUUUGCCAUUCUGGGGUCAGUCACUUGCCACUGCUGUCAGUUUAAGCAGUGACUGCAGGAGCUGCCUAGAACUGAAACAUCGACAGUAACCUCAUUGCAAAGUGUCAGCUGAAGGAACAAAUGAAGGAGCAGGAGCAGCAGGGCUACUGGCAGGAGAAGGGCCGAUGGGUGGGUUACGAGGAGAGCUUUGACCCUCAAGCGCAGGUGUGGGUGCCCACUCCCAUCUCUUGCCUCACCUUCAGGAGCCUUAUCCAGCUCAGACACACCAUGAGCCCAGGUGUGACCAUUUUAGACUGUGAGGAGAAGACCCUGGAUACCAUCACAGAGAAGAUGGUCAGUGAGAUGGUUAACAAGAAGGAAAUCAGGUCAGGAGAUCGGGAAGGAGUGCUGAACUCUCUGCUGCAAAACCGCAGCCAAACAACUGACCCAGAAAGCCAAAUGUUGACUGGGACUGACCUGCAAAAGUUUUCUGUCAAGGAGAGAACUGAUGAAUCUGAGCAUGUUGAGGCCUCCAUGGUGCUAGUGGGAACCCUGGAUUUUCUGGAGAAGCCCACAGCUGUCUUUGUGCGUCUGAAGGAAGCAGUAGCACUGGACUCAGCGUUGGAAGCCCCAGAGCCUGUACGCUUUGUCUUUCUUCUGAUUGGCCCCAGCAGCAGCGACAUGGACUACUAUGAGACUGGGCGUGCUAUGGCAGCACUAAUGGCUAAUAAAGUGUUUAAUCAGACAGCGCUUCAGGCAAAGAGUGCUCGAGAGCUGAUCAACGCUGUGUCCAAGUUCAUGGACUGCAGCAUCGUGAUCCCACCCACCGAGAUCAAGAGUGAGGCGAUGCUCAGCUCAGUCAUCAACUUUCAGAAGAAACUGCUACAGGACAAACUGCAAAGCUAUGACCUCGUCAACAACGCCAAAGUUUGCAGUGAUUCAAUCGUUUCGAAACCUCCUAUUGAAGAUCCCCUUUCUCGUACUGGUCGACCGUUUGGGGGGAUGAUUCGAGACAUAAAAAGGCGCUACCAGUACUACAAGAGUGACAUCACCGAUGCUCUAAACGCACAGGUCCUUGCUGCCAUCAUUUUCAUCUACUUUGCUGCCCUGUCUCCUGCCAUCACAUUUGGAGGCCUCCUGGCUUAUAAGGUGGACAACAUGAUGGGUGUGCCAGAGCUCCUCAUUUCCACCAGCAUUCAGGGAAUUAUAUUCUGCUUUGUUGCUGCGCAGCCUGUCCUGGUUAUUGGGUUUUCUGGUCCACUGUUGGUAUUUGAGGAGGCCUUCUAUGCAUUCUGCAAGUCCCAGGGCAUUGAGUAUAUUGUUGGGAGAGUUUGGGUGGGAGCGUGGCUGGUCGUCAUUGUGGUGAUCAUUGUGGCCCUUGAGGGCAGCUUCCUGGUUCGCUUCAUUUCACGAUUCACCCAGGAAAUCUUCUCCAUCCUCAUCUCCCUCAUUUUCAUCUAUGAAACUUUUGCCAAACUUGGGAGGAUCUUCAAGGCGCAUCCACUAAUUCUAAAUUACGAACACGUGAAUGCAAGUGCCGAGUAUCCCUGGCACCCAAAGGUCGAAGAGAUUGUCACGUAUGACAAUUCUACCGGCAACAAAACUCUAAUUGUCAACACCAUCAAGCCAUCUUACCCCAACACAGCCCUGCUCUCUAUGUGCCUCAUGAUGGGCUGUUUCUUUAUUGCUUACUUCCUGCGUCAGUUCAAGAACGGGACAUUCCUUCCUGGAAAGAUCAGGCGUUUGAUCGGUGACUUUGGUGUUCCUAUUGCCAUUGUCCUCAUGACGCUUGUGGACUACAACGUUCAGGAUACGUACACUCAGAAACUAAUCGUUCCCAGAGGUCUGACGGUGUCCAAUCCUGAAAAAAGAGGCUGGCUCAUCAAUCCUUUCGGAGAGCACAAACCUUUCCCUGUGUGGCUGAUGUUUGCUUCCUGCAUCCCAGCCGUGCUUGUGUUUAUUCUCAUCUUUCUGGAGUCUCAGAUCACAACUCUGAUAGUGAGUAAACCUGAGAGGAAGAUGGUCAAAGGCUCCGGGUUUCACUUUGACUUGCUGGUUUUAGUUGGCAUGGGAGGCCUCAGCGCGAUAUUCGGUGUGCCGUGGCUCAGCGCUGCCACAGUGCGGUCUGUCACACAUGCCAACGCUCUCACUGUCAUGAGCAAAGGACCAAAACCGGUGAUAGAGAAAGUGAUAGAGCAGAGAAUAAGCGGCAUUGUGGUGGCCUUGCUUGUUGGUCUGUCAGUUCUCAUGGAGCCCAUCCUAAAGAUGAUUCCUAUGGCAGCCUUGUUUGGGAUCUUCCUCUACAUGGGAAUCACGUCGUUAAAUGGCAUUCAGCUGUGGGAUCGUGUGCAGCUUCUUCUCAUCCCAAAGAAAUACCAUCCUAAUGAACCCUAUGCUACCAGAGUGAGCACAGGACGAAUGCACCUGUACACGGCCAUCCAGGUUGUGUGUCUAGGAGUUUUGUGGCUUGUGAAGUCCAGUCAGAUGUCUCUGGCGCUUCCCUUCGUUCUCAUCCUCACCAUUCCUCUGCGCAUGCUUAUGACCGGGCAUCUCUUCACCGAACUGGAAAUGAAAUGCUUGGAUGCUGAUGAUGCCAAAGUGACAUUUGAGGAGGAGCCUGGGAAGGACGUGUACUGUGAAUCUCAGAUGCCAUUGUAGAUGUUUUUCAUGACAGACUUUUUUAAUGAAUGGAUAUUUAUUUUAUA